CCAAGAAGCAUUUAUAUAUAUACAUAUAUAUUUGUCAAAUGAAAAAUAACCAUCCUAUAGACAUUUCACUGGUUAACAACUCCCACUUAAUAAUAAGGGAGAGGAGUGAUUUGAAUGCAUUACACGUGAAUAUUCCGCAUACACCUGAUUUUCAUGCUACUGUUGAUGUUGAUUAUCAGAAUAGCAGAGGUGUAUCCGAUUUGCACUGCUUAAAAACUGAAAGCACUAUCACAGCUUCUGAUAAAAAUAAUGUUGUUAUACAUCAAAUAAUGGAAGAUAGUAACAAGGAAAUGCCGUAUUUAUUACGUAGUCAUUCAUUCAAUCCGUAUGACUAUCCAGUGGAACAUUAUUACUAUGACAGGACAACUGAUAAUCAUAUCCGUAUGAAUAAUGACCAUGGUAAUAAUGACCUUGAGUGUACAACAUCUCAUCCAACAGGAUCGUUGAAACCACCGCAUUUACCACCACGUAGAAAUCAACGAUCGACUGAUUUGCUUAUUUACACUGUUCCAAGAUCACCGUCAGAUACUUGUUUGAUUAGCAGAAAACACCAUAACCUUUCAAAAAGUGUAGUUAAUUCAGGUAGUCCCCAACCCUAUGACAGCAGUCAAGUAACAUCGCCUGAUGAUACCCAACUGAGUAUGUCGUUGCCAACACAGCCAUCAAAUACUUCCAAAUAUGCAGACACUGACAAUCUCCAAUCAUUUUCAACUCUUCAUACAAGUCUUCCAGUAACAAGUGACAAAUCAUUUCAGAGUUUAUACAGAUGGACAUAUGCGAUUUCGCUCAAUGCAUGGUGGUGCAGAGGAUCCUAAAUUCCCCUACACUAGAAUGAAUUCGAAGACAUCCGUUGAUGAUGUAUCUCCUGAUAGCGUCCAACCUGUAGAUAUUCAAAAGAUUCAUAAUGAAAUUAUCGCUAAAGAGAGCAAAAGAAAAACAGUGAUAAAUCCUGGUGGGAGCCCAUCAGCACCUACCAGCUCCUUCAGUCAACGUGGAAAGAUAAGUGGUGCAACACUUUCAUUUCAUCAUAUUUCUUACGAAGUAAAACUCCGUAAAGCAACCUGUAGUAAGCCAGUCAUAAAAACUGUCUUGAAUGAUAUAAGUGGAAUACUUCGACCUGGAAUGAAUGCGCUGAUGGGACCAACCGGUGGUGGUAAAUCCUCACUUUUAGAUGUAUUAGCCGGACGUAAAGACCCAAGGUUUCUGUCUGGAAGAGUUCUUAUAGAUGGCAGACCACAACCGAAGAAUUUCAAAUGCAUUUCAGGCUAUGUUGUUCAGGAUGAUAUUGUUAUGGGGACUUUAACAGUGAGGGAGAACCUAAGCUUUUCAGCAGCAUUACGUAUGACAGUUCGUUGUACAACAGAAGAAAGAAAUCAAAAAGUCAACGAAAUUAUUGACGAAUUAGGUUUAAACUCUGUUGCAGACAGCAAGGUCGGCACCGAAUUAGUUCGAGGAGUAUCAGGCGGUGAGCGUAAACGAACUAGUAUUGGCAUGGAACUUAUCACAGAACCGCCGGUGUUAUUUUUAGAUGAACCAACAACUGGUUUGGAUGCAUAUAUGGCAGGACAAGUCUUAAAAACUCUUAAAGCUUUAUCCAGACGUGGCAGAACCAUCAUAUUCUCUAUUCAUCAACCCAAAUAUUCAAUUUACAAGCUGUUCGAUUCACUGACAUUGAUUUAUCGUGGACAGUUAAUCUAUCAUGGACCAGCUAAAAAGGAGCCUAUCCGUUAUUUUGGUCAUUUGGGUUACAUUUGUGAAAAUCACAACAAUCCGCCAGAUUUUUUCAUGGAUGUCAUACAUGGUGAAUGCUUACGUCAACAAGGAAGUGCUUUAGAUAUUGUCGACCAUCAUGAUACACAAGAAAAGAUGCAUUUAGUUGGUCAACAGCUCAUUAAUGAAUGGCAGAACUCUGAAAUGGCUCAACGGGUGUUAGAAGAAGUUAGCUCAAUAGCCAACCGAUUAGAGGAGCAUGAAAAUGGUACGAAUAAAUUCAAAGAUCGUUCAGUGGAUAUUUCAUUUGCAGCGCCAUAUUUCAGACAAGUGCAUAAAGUAUGUUGGAGAACAACGCUGAACCUGUUAAGAGAUCCAUUGGCAUCUGUAAUACAAACAAUUGUAUAUUUAUUUUUUGCAUUAUCAAUGGGCAUAGUCUAUUUUCAAAUGAAUGAUUCCUUAGAAUCUGGUAUACAAAAUCGUACUGGAUUAUUCUUUUUCUGUACACUACAAGUGAUAUUUGUAAAUUUGGCGACAAUUGAAUUGUUUAUUAAAGAACGUGCACUUUUUAUACAUGAAAGCUCAAGUGGUUAUUAUCAAGUUUCUGUAUAUUUUUUUUCAAAAAUUCUCUGUGAUAUAUUACCAACUAAAGUAUUGCCUAUAAUCUUAUUUAUGCCAAUAUGUUAUUGGAUGGCCGGAUUACAGCGGACUUUCGAAGCGUUUAUGUUUUUUGAAUUAAUUCUAUGCCUUACAACACUGGCUGCAGCCGCAAUAGCUUUAUUCAUUUCAGCAACUGUCACCGUCUUUGGAUUAGCUAAUGCUAUCCUAUCAAUUAUGUAUGUAUUUAUGAUGGCCUUUUCUGGUUACCUAAUUAACUUGAAAUCGAUGGCAGUUUGGCUUAGUUGGCUCCGUUAUUUUUCAUUAUUUCGUUACAGUAUGGGAGGUUUAUUGGCCAUGGAGAUGACUCCACUUAGAUUCUGUCCCAUGGAUACAUCAAAUACAACAAUUCAGAGACAAUGUCAAAACGGUACCACAUACUUGGAGGACCAAGAGAUUCCUUACAAAACUACAUGGGAUUUAUGGUAUAAUGUAUUUGGACAAGUUGUUAUAAUGGUCAUUUUUUACAUACUUUGUUAUGUCCAACUUCGACUACUCAACAAAUAUAAGUAG